CUUGAUAUACCCCUAUCACUUAAUCUCCAGAUAUUGAAGCACGGCAUCUCGUAGCCAAGAUGCUUCGGCUGCUCCUUGUCGGCUUCUCCCUCCUCACUACUACUUACGCGUCUACGUCUCCCGUGCAGGUCCCAAUGAUGACCUCCAACUUAGAGAAGCAGAAACAAACGCCUCAUUUGCCCAUUACCACCGGUCGCAAUAACCACUACUACAUCCCUUCCCCUGAGAACUCCUCGCACCCCAUCCUCCUCAAACUCAACACCCUCUCAACCCUCUCCCAGCCACAUUGUCCAAGACUGGCAGCUAUGCGCAUAUCCCAGUCCCCCUUUACUCCUGGUUCCCUAACCUUCGCCGCACUACCAUCUCCUUCCGACCUCACGUCCGUAUUCUGGUUCCAGACGCAGAGGGCAGGGGUGUCUCUCCCCAUAUCCAGUCUUUCCAUCAGCAGCAACGGAAAAGUAUUUGAGAAGGCUAAGCUUAGAGCGUAUACCGCACGAAUCGAUCCCUCAACACCCUAUAUCACGGUCCCCAGGUCAAUACACGAAACCCUAGUUUCCGCUACUCGAGCCUACAAAGUAUACCAUUCAGACAAAAAAAUGUAUGAAUACGUUGUUGACUGUGACGUUCGACCAAAGUGCCCGGUCAUCGUGAUUGACUUUGGCGGAGAUGAAAUACAGGUUGGAGCCUACAGGUACGCAUUGCAGGCCCCCGACGGUAGUGAGAAGUGCGUUUUGUUGGUGCGGAGCGAAGAUGGUGAAGCUGGAAAUGGAAGAAGAGGAAGGGAAGUUGUUCUUGGGGGUGCGUUUCUAGUAGGUCGGCUUGUGGUUCUCGAUUUUGAAUAUGGAUAUACUGGGAUUGCGCAGUGGUAAUUCAGGAGUAUCGAAAGUACUGCAUGCGAUCCUCAAAGAAAAGCAUU